AAGAAGGAGAAGAGGGAAGGAUUCGGUAGUUUCAGUGAUAAUCUGACUGAAAGUGAGUGUGAAGUCAGAAUCGGGGAGGAUAAGGGAGUAAGAAUGAAGAGGCAAAGAGGGAGUGGCAGCGAAGAUGGUGGGGGAAAGAGUUCUUAUAAACGAAGUAAGAAAGAGAAGCGUCAAAGUGAGACAGAGGAGGAAUGGAGCAGAGUGGCGUCUAAGAAGAGUGUGAUGGAGAAUAUCGUGAAAAUCGGUGGUAAGGAUAAGAGAAGGGAAAGUGGUGGAAAACCUGUGGAAAGUCCUGAUUCAGAUGAUGAUUUUAGAGAAGAUCUGAGGAAAAAACGGGAAAGUUUUUUGAAAACUGUGGUUGCGAAAAGAUGUGAGAAGAGACACUCUAUGUCGGAUAGUGAAGAUGGUGGAGUGGAGGAAUUGCCAACUAACCAACGAUCAGAUAAAUCUCCGAUUAAGAAAACUCCGGUUAAUGAGAAGAGUAACUCCAGUGAUAGUGAGUUAGAUACUUAUAAACUGGUAAAGUCUUCAACUACAAAUCAACGAUCAGGUAAAUCUCCGAUUAAGAAAACUCCGGUUAAUGAGAAGAGUAACUCCAGUGAUAGUGACUCAGAUACUGAUAAACUGGUAAAGUCUUCAACUACUAAUCAACGAUCAGGUAAAUCUCCGAUUAAGAAAACUCCGGUUAAUGAAAAGAGUAACUCCAGUGAUAGUGAGUUUGAUACUUAUAAACUGGUAAAGUAUUCAACUACAAAUCAACGAUCAGGUAAAUCUCCGAUUAAGAAAACUCCGGUUAAUGAAAAGAGUAACUCCAGUGAUAGUGACUCAGACGACAAGAGAGUGAAUAAGUCUUCAACUUCAAUUCAACGAUCAGGUAAAUCUCCGAUUAAGAAAACUCCGGUUAAUGAAAAGAGUAACUCCAGUGAUAGUGACUCAGAGGACAAGAGAGUGAAUAAGUCAUCAACUUCAAUUCAACGAUCAGGUAAAUCUCCGAUUAAGAAAACGCCGGUUAAUGAAAAGAGUAACUCCAGUGAUAGUGACUCAGAGGACAAGAGAGUGAAUAAGUCUUCAACUUCAAUUCAACGAUCAGGUAAAUCUCCGAUUAAGAAAACUCCGGCUAAUGAAAAGAGUAACUCCAGUGAUAGUGACUCAGAGGACAAGAGAGUGAAUAAGUCUUCAACUUCAAUUCAACGAUCAGGUAAAUCUCCGAUUAAGAAAACUCCGGUUAAUGAGAAGAGUAACUCCAGUGAUAGUGACUCAGAGGACAAUAAGCUGAAUAAUUCUUCAACUUCAAACAAGUUUAAAAGUUUGAAAACAGUUACUUCAAGUUUGAAAAAAUCAUCCAAUGAUGAAAUGAUGUCGCAGGAUAUGUUUGAAGCAGAUAGUGAUGACGAGGUUGAAAAUAACAGUGACCCCAGUGAAAGUGUGAAAUAUAACGGUGACAAAUCGAGGAAAGGUGAUUCAGACAGUGAUGACCGUCAGGGGAAAACUAAUUCGAAAAGUAACAGUGACAAGAGGAGGAACAGCAGUAAAAGUAACAGUGACUCUGACAGUAGUAGUAAAAUUCAGGAAAAAUCCAAAGAUUCUAACAAGUCCAUGCAGGAUGAACUUUGGAAACGGAUUGAGAAAAAGCUGAGCGAAGGAAUUAAAGAGGAAUACUUUGAGGAAGACGUGUUUUAUCUUGAAGAUUUAUCCGAUAAUGAUGAAAUUUGGGUGGCCCCUUGUCCAAAAUCGUUGGAUGUCAGCAGUCUGUUGGGUCGGAAACUGAACUUGACCGGGCGCACAGAUUUGAAAGCGUUGCAAGCGAAGGACGGCGUGUCGAACAUGGACUGCGAGGCAUGGGCAUCACCCAUCGACCAGGCUGACAAUGUUGUCUACUGUCUACAGGCCAGCAAGAACCGCAAGAAGAUGAUCAUAAAUCCGUUGAAAUUGGCUGGUCGUGUGUCAAUAGAGGAGAAAAUUCAAAUGCCUUCGCCACACGAGGUGGAAUUCUCAACCACCAUGAAACUUGUGAUGCCUGAGAAUCUCAAAGUUAGGCAUCCUCUACUUGGAGCUGAGUUCAAAAAUCAACCAAAGACCUUCAAUUCUGAAGACCUCAGUUCACCAAGAGUUAAGAAAAAGAAGAAGAAAUCGAAGAGCUUGGAACAUGAGUCAGAAAUUAUGCGGAAUCCACCUCCCUCUAUCAACUAUACUUCAACAAUUGAAGAGAAUUGUGACGAAUCAAUGGAGAGGAAAAAGAAGAAGAAGAAAAAGAAGAGUAGGGAUAACGAAUGCGAUGAAGGACAAGAAGAUAUGUCUUCAUAUUCGCAUAAAUCUGGAGAUACCUCAAACCUGAGUGAAGGAGAGAAGAAGAAAAAAAAGAAGGACAAGAAACGGUCAAGGGAAGAAGCGGACGAAGAACCUAGUUUACAAGAAGAUGUUCCUUGUGAAGAGUCUUCACAGCAUAGCAGCAAAAAGAAAAAGAAGAAAAGAAGGCUUGAUGAGUAGUGUAGUGUAAUGUGACACUCUCUAGCUAGUCUACAUUAUUAUACAUAUCAUGUUAAUUUUUAAUACUAUUUUAUUGUUCAAGUAACUGAUUUUUAUUUUAUUUUCGUUUAUUAGUUCAGUUUCGUAUUUGAUGACACUAAUUUUCAAUAAUGUAAUUAUUGUCUCAAGUUUUAAGUCGAUCUUCUAUUUUCUUAUUGUUUAAAUUAUUGGAGUUUAAAUUAUUGUUUUUAUUAGGAGUUUAAAGAUAAUACUUAUAUAAUUUAAUACCGGUAUUUGAAUAGCUACUUUAAUUCAAGAACAACUGGCUUUACUUGCUGAGGUGUUUGAGAAUGAAUGGAAUUUUACCUUCUUGUAAACUAGGUUCUUCGUCCGCUUCUUCCCUUGAUCGUUUCUUGUCCUUCUUCCUUUUCUUCUUCUCUCCUUCACUCAGGUUUGAGGUAUUUCCAGAUUUAUGGGAAUAUGAAGACAUAUCUAGAAAAUGUGAACAUUAUUAUGAAGCGACAUAUUGCAAAUAUAGUGAAAUUUCAUUUAAAUGGAUUUAUGAAAGCAAUAAGCAGACAAGUCGAGAAAGAAGAAAUACUAUGAAGAUGAAAUACACCAUGAUUCAAAAAGAAUACCACAACUUUGAAAAUCUGUAUUUAAUCAAGGAAACAUAAUAGAAACUUGGGUUAUAAAUCAAAAUGAAGAGUGUUGAAAUAAGUUUUCCCCACUAGAAAACAAGUUCACAAAUGUUCAAUGUGACCUCCUCCAGACACUCGAGUUAUCGAUACUCGAACUCGUUGCACACCCUCAGUAGCAUAUCGGGCGUAACAGUUAGUAUAGCUGCUGUUAUUUCUUGUUUUUAGUUCUCGGUAGUUAAUUUUAUUUUAUUUUCUUGUAAUAAGUGUUGGUUUAUUAACCUUGAUUUGUUGCAUUGUUAAAUUCUGGCAAUAAAAAAUUGAAUGACUAUAAUGUCCAAGUUUUAGGUUGAUGUUACACCAAAUAUCUAUUCAACUUAAAACAAGUGUUUGAUUUUACCCAUGCUAAUUAUUACCUAAGUACUCAACUUAAAAACUAGAUAAAUUAUUUAGGUUUACCCACAUCCAGAACUCGGAUAAAUAUACAAUAAACACAUUUUGGCACGAUUGAUACAAGUUUCCUGUACAUUUUUAUUUUAAACCCAACUGUUCUAUUGGCAAUAACUAUACUUAAUUAUAUACUUUAAUACUAGGCUAAAAUCUAUGAAUUAUAAAUUAUUGCAAAUCUCUUUGUUUAUAUCAGGGGUGGUGAUUGCCUCCUCCCCCCACUUUUCCAAGUGGUGUUUUGAAAAAAAAGUUAAGGGUGCAGAAUUAAGUACCGUCUAUAGAAGGCAUUGACAAGACUAAGGCUCGGCAACGUUUUCUUUCUCCACUGCCAUUAUAACGUGGACCUCACUAAAGUAACUUAGGCUAAACACACACUUACGCGACUCAAGUAGAGAAGAAACUCGACUCUAGUCGCGAGCAUGUGUUUGCAAAUGGUGACACUCAGACCAGUCGAUUCUAGUCUCCUCGACGUCACCAUUUGAAAACACAUGCCCUCCACUAGUAGUAACUACUGUACUACCGUACUUGUAUUGCAAGUAACUUUGAUUGAUACUAAUUCUCCUGUUACAAUAGUUUUGCAGAAGAACCCAACAGAUUGAUUGUAUGUAAUAAAAUGAUAUAAUAAAUAGUAUCAGUGAACCUUGAUGUAAAUAAAUAAGAGAUAACUAUUUAUUUAUCCAAUUAGCCUAUGUUUUUGUAUGUAUGUAAUAAAAUUGAUAUAAAUAGAAUCAGUGAAACUUGAUGUAAAUAAAUAAGUGAUAACUAUUUAUUUAUCCAAUUAGCCUAUGUUUUUGUUUUUAUGUAGAUAAUAAACACCUUGGAAUGAUGUA